CUUUCAGUCCUAUUCUACGCUCCCUUUUAUCUCUUCAAGGUUCAUUCAUUCAUCCAGUUCCCAAGAAGCUUAUGCCGUUUCAAGUUCAAAGUCUUCCUAGGCCUCUCUAUAUCCGUAUCAGUUUGCCGUGUCCAUUGGAUCGCUUCCGAGCAAGAACCUUCCUUUUGUAAUUUUCUUAAUUAAUAUUUAGAGCAACCUUUUUUUUGCCAUAUUUAAAGCCCGGGUGCUUGAGCGGGGGUGGGUGGUAUUGCCGAUUGCGUAUUGGGUUGUCGGAUUCUCUGGAGUUUACAUUAGACUAAUGGCUUCCGCUGCUGCUACUGGACUUAUUGGUGGUAAUGGGUCUUCUUCUUCUGCUUGGUUUCAGCUCAGGAAUGGGCAGAGGAAGAAGAAUGUGGUGAAUAGGGUUAUGGUUUGUUCUGCUUCUUCUUCUGUUAUGGAUCCCUACAAGACUCUGAGGAUCCAACACGGCGCCUCUGAAUCUGAGGUCAAGAAGGCUUUCAGACAGCUUGCUUUACAGUAUCAUCCGGACGUAUGCAGAGGAAACAACUGUGGAGUGCACUUUCAUCUUAUCAAUGAAGCUUACGAUACCGUGAUGAGUAAUUUGAGAGAGGAAUCAAUGGCACCGGAGAUGUACGAGUCGUACGAUGAAGAUGCGGACGAGUCGAUGAGAGGAAUGAACGAUCCUGAUUGGGACUUGUGGGAGGAGUGGAUGGGAUGGGAAGGAGCAGGAAUUCGUGACUACACGUCUCAUAUUAAUCCCUAUAUUUGAAGGCUGUAAAUUAAAAAUCACUAAAGAGUUGGACCGAGUCCAAUCGUGGUUUCAUUGUCUGUAUAUUUCACCGUUGUAAAUAGCUGAGGCUGAGCUAUUGGCCCAGCAUUUUCUAAUGAAAAAGUGCACAAAAGUUCCUAAA